AAACAAUGUCACCCGUGCCAUCUAGAAAGACACCAGUACCGAUUUGGCGUCUUAUUCUUCUCAGUGCUUCUACUGGAGCCAUUGAUUUGGGAUAUGCAGUUGAAGGAGCUUACGUGGUCCCGUUUAUGAUAGCAUCAGGCUUGAGUCUAACGUUAUCCACUGUCCUAAUAACACUGAGCCCUGUGAUGGGUAUGCUGUGUCAAGGCUUUAUAGGAACAAUCAGUGAUAAGUGCACCUGUAGUUGGGGUAGACGGAGACCAUUCAUUGUACUGUUCUCAAUGACUGCUAUGCUGGGAUUUGCUGCCCUUCCUUACUGUAUCUACUUAAACAUUCAAUCAGUAAUGGUGAUUGGUAUUUCGAUGUGCGUAUUUCUAUUAGACGUCAGUUGUGGGCUAUUGAUGCUACCGACAAGAGCAUACCUGUUGGACGUUACUCCUGUUUCACAAAGUCAGACCGGUAAUUUCAUUCUGUCUGUUGCUAUAGGUGUCGGUGCUACAUUAGGCUAUGCAUUGGGUACUAUAGAUUGGUCAAGUAUCUCCGGUACUAGUGUAAGCAUUGAGCAUCAGUCUCAGAUAGUGUUUGGUAUUUCAGCAGUCGUCAUUUUCCUAGCUAUGAUAUUCACUAUUGUUAGUGUAAAAGAGCAGAACCCUAAAUCAAUAGAAAAUAAUGAACAAUCAACUCACCAAUUAGAGUUUUUGGAUAAUCAUGAGUGUCAACAUGGGUCAGAAUCAAUUCACGAAUCAGCACACGUUAACCAAACUCAGUUGAUAUCAAUAACAAAGAAUCAUUGUCAACUGGAAUCAAACGACUGUCAGAGUCAAUUGGAGUCAGAAACUAACUUUCAAGAUUGUGAUGAAAAUAAAUGCGAAUCACUAACAAACGAAUUGUCAUCGGAACUGAUAGGAUCAUUAGAUGAUUAUCAAGAUGAAUCAAGCUUUGGACAAUCAAGUUGUGCACAAGUCAAUGAAGCAGGGGCAAAUGAAUCUAUAUCAUGUGACACUUAUAGUGCUAAUGACAAGGAAUGUGAAGAUGAUCUUAUUAGAAUGUCUUCCAUAGGAACAAGACAGAAGCAGAGGACUCUCCCUUCAUGUUGCAAAAUAUUUUUCGAUUCUGUUUCUAUCGUCAGAUUUGCAUAUUACAUGUCCUACAACAUGUGGCUUUUGUGGUUAAUGGUUGUUUUUGGUUUAGCUGCUGAUUUUGCUUUUGUUUAUGGUUUCACAACAUUUGUUGGUGUAGCAGUAUAUGAAGGAGACCCUUCUAGUCCUGAGGACUCGGCCUCUUAUAAAUUAUACACUAAAGGAGUUAGAAUGGGAUCACUUGGAUUAGCAAUAGCAACAGUGUGCUGUUCCAUAAUGUCACCUAUAAUGGACUACAUUGCUCGUUGGAUUAGACUCAAGACUAUAGUACUGAUAACACUGGCAGCCUUUGUCUGUGCAUUGUCGUUACUAACUUAUUGUAGAGAAUUAUAUCAAGUGUAUAUACUGACUGCUGUCUAUGGGCCUUUCUUUGGUGCUAUACUGGCAUUACCAUUCAGUCUUAUCCCAUUAUAUCAAAAAGCAGAUAUGCUAUUUAGAAAAGAAUGGACUAGAAGACCACCAAUGAUUGAAGGUAUAGCUGUAGCUACCAUAAAUACUGGAGCUUUUUUUGGUCAAAUAAUAGCAUCACUCGUCAUUGGUCCUGUUGUUGAUGCUACAGGAGAUGUCAACUAUUUUAUGACAAUACCAUGCUUUUUUAUAACAUUGUCAUUUUUCUCAUUGCUACCAGUAAUGGUAUCUAAAAAGAAAAUUUCUGUGUGAUAUUUUUUAAAUAAAAGAAUUAUUUUUUCAACAUCUAUUUAAAAUCCUAAAAUUAUAA